AUGGCCUCGUCCGGCUCCGCCUCCUCCAACGUCGGCUCCCGACAGCUAUACGAAGACGGCGACCAACGCAAAGAUCCCCAAUCCGAGAUUCAGGAGCGAGAGCGAUAUAAGGAGGGUCAGCCGGGAAGUCACUUGGCCAACGACUCUAAGGAUCAGAGAUCAAUUGCCAAUCGUCUGGCGCGCGAAGAGCAGCGAUCGGCCAAGAAUGAGCAGCCGUAUGAUGCUGAAGCAGAAUUGAGUAAGAAGGAUCCUACUGCGCCGGCCAAGCUUCAUGGCAACAAGCCCUCGAAAGGGGCACAGAUCGACGCUGAACUCCAGGCUGAGGAUGAGCAGAGACUUCGCGAAAAGAGUGGUAAAUAA